AUGGCCACCCGGCAGCCGUGCCGGCAGAAGCCCUCGCCUUGCCGCAUACGGCAGCCGCCGGAGCCGCCGCUUAGGUUGAAGGUGGUGGGGCUCUUCAAAAGCUCCAGCUUUCAGGUGUCGAAGACCAUCGCUGAGACUCUGAAAAACAAUUACCCUACCAGAUUUGAAGACCCCGUGAUAGUUCCUCUUCAAGAAUUUGCUUGGGGUCAGUAUCUCCUGGAGAGAAAAAGGGAGCUGAAGGGUGAAACCUGGGUGUAUUCCUCUUACGUGAUAUGCUUCGUUAACGACCAGCUCCUGGGGAACGUGUCUGACCUGAAGAAGUGGGCUCAGAAGGUGUGGGAUGUGGUUGACAUUCGGCCCUCCGCGCUGUAUGAGGCGCUUACUCUGAAUUACGCCACCAAGUUCUUACAAGACACCAAGCAUGAUUUUGUGUACUUGGACGUUUGUAUUGAUCUUGCUCUAAUUGGAAGAAUGAUUUUUGAGCUAUUUUGUGAUGCGUGUCCCAAAACAUGUAAAAAUUUUCAGGUCUUAUGCACAGGAACGGCAGGGUUUUCUGAAAGGGGCGUAAAGCUUCAUUACAAAGAUUCCAUUUUUCAUCGAGUUGUCCAGAAUGGUUGGAUACAAGGAGGAGAUAUAGUAGAAGGAAGAGGAGAUGAUGGAGAGUCUAUUUACGGACCAACAUUUGAAGAUGAAAACUUUGCAGUUCCUCAUAAUAAAAGGGGAGUUCUUGGAAUGGUCAAUAAAGGUCGUCAUACCAAUGCGUCACAAUUCUACAUCACGCUGCAAGCAACUCCCUAUCUGGAUAAAAAAUAUGUGGCAUUUGGGCAACUAAUUGAAGGAACCGACGUUCUUAAACAACUAGAAGUAGUCCCAACAGAGAAUGAAAGACCAAUGCUUCUUUGCAGUAUUAGAGACAGUGGAACCCUUUAUGCCUGAUUUUCACAGCAGUCACAUCUGGGAUGGUUUAUUGCUGUGAGUUUAAGAAGCUUCGAUAUUUAAUUAAAUGGUGCUGGAUAACAUUUGAUUUGAAGGCUGUGACAGGGGCAUUACGUUGGUUCAUUUAACAACUAAUCCUUACCCGUUUCCUCUCCUGCCUCCAUCAUAGAGACUACAACAGAUGAACAAACAAACAAACAAACAAACAAACAAACCCCUCCAUUUCCCAGGCUCCUUUACAUCUGGAAAGGCCAUCUGAGAGCACUCUGGCUAGUGGGUGAGUGGAAUGCCAUGGUCUUGCCCCAGCCCUACAUCAUGUCUUGAAUACAGAUAGGCCAGAAGCCAAGAAAAGGGUUGGGCUGUCAGCCCCAGCCUCGCCACCUCCUGCUUCUGGACUGUGUACUGCACAAGGCAAAGAGACCUCGCUGCUCUAUUCCUGGUGCUUGUUAUUUGUGGCCCUGAACAUUAUUAACCUAGCAAUAUACCUACUAAUUUUUGAGUCAGAGCUUCUGUAAAUGAAUUGUUUGUAACUACAUUCCUAUCAUGAUAAACUUGUUAAAUCACUGAUGUAAUAGAAAAAACAAUUUCAUGUGAAGUUACAUUGCUUAUAUAUAACAUACAGAAAGAAUACAUGUGUUUGGAUGUUGUAAAGAUAAUCCAUGUCUCUGAGACAAAUGAAAAUCGAGCAUGGGUUGAUCCUUGUGGUGGCUGAUCCCAGUAGCUUUUCAUGAGCUCUGUUUUAUCUGCUGCUCUGUCUGAAGGUCCCUAAGGCUACAUCAUUUGUAGGGAAGGCAUUUUAAACACAGACCAGCAGGCUCUGUCAUACCUCCUGAGUCACAGUCUCUAGGAGAGAGACUUUAAAGAUGGAGACAGGGAUCUGUGCUCCUCUAGUUCUUCUUUACUUGGACAGCUGAG